AUGGCCUCGUCCUUGCUGCCCACGGGGGCCACCACGGGUGACAGCGGCGGAGAACUGAGCUCGGGGGACGACUCGGGCGAUGCCUGUGAAUCCCUCCAGAAUCCCGAGACCGAGGCAUUCAGGAACCUGACAGAGCUGUUUGAGAAGGCUGCAGCCCAUCUCCAAGGCCUGAUUCAGGUGGCCAGCAGGGAACAGCUCUUGUACCUGUAUGCUAGAUACAAGCAGGUCAAAGUUGGAAAUUGCAAUACUCCUAAACCAAGCUUCUUUGAUUUUGAAGGAAAGCAAAAAUGGGAAGCAUGGAAAGCACUUGGUGAUUCAAGCCCCAGCCAAGCCAUGCAGGAGUAUAUUGCAGUAGUAAAAAAAUUAGAUCCAGAUUGGAAUCCUCAGACACCAAUGAAGAAAGGAAAAGAAGGAAAUACUGGGUUUGGUGGUCCGGUCAUUAGUUCACUGUACCAUGAAGAAAUCAUCAGGGAAGAAGACAAAAACAUAUUCGAUUACUGCAGGGAAAACAACAUUGACCAUAUAACCAAAGCCAUCAAAUCAAAAAAUGUGGAUGUGAAUAUGAAAGAUGAAGAGGGUAGAGCUCUACUCCACUGGGCCUGUGACCGAGGACAUAAGGAACUAGUGACUGUCUUGCUACAGUACAAAGCUGACAUCAAUUGUCAGGACAAUGAAGGUCAAACAGCUCUACAUUAUGCUGCGGCCUGCGAGUUUGUGGACAUCGUGGAGCUGCUGCUGCAGUCUGGCGCCGACCCCACACUGCGUGACCAGGACGGCUGCCUGCCGGAGGAGGUGACGGACUGCAGGGCCGUGGCACAGGUGCUACAGCAGCACACCACCCGCACAGCAUAG